CAGACUUUUGGUUUUCUUCCUCCUGAUGGCUGUGUAGUGAUCACCUCCGGGACUUUUGGAAGGAGUUGGUGCUGUAGAUUGAAUCCUGAGAUUCUUUAUCAUCUGGGGGGGCUCCCAGUAUUUGGAUUGGAGAUGGAGAGGUGGAACACAAGGUGGAAAACGAAAAGGAGGUUGUGGGAUUCAUCCCUUAGCUCCCUAAUUCUCAUCACUUUGACUUUCCUUUUCCAAGCUGCAGAGGUCAGAGGAGCUGGACCCGUUGAUGUACUCAGAGCAUUAGAAUUUCACAGUACACCUGAAGGAGUGUCAAGAACAGCAGGGCUAUGCGCAAACAGGAAGGCAACCAAAGGAUCAGACACAGCGUACAGAGUUCAAAAACAUGCCCAGCUUAGUGCCCCAAUGAACCAAUUAUAUCCAGGGGGAGCAUUCCCAAAGGAUUUCUCAAUCCUGAUCACAGUUAAGCCCAAGAAGGGCCUGCAGACAUUCAUCCUAUCUUUAUACAGUCAAAAAGGUGUGCAGCAAUUGGGAGUGGAGGUCGGCAGGUCCCCUGUCUUCCUUUAUGAAGAUCAGAAUGGAAAACCUGCACCCGAGGACUACCCCAUUUUUAGCACUGUUAAUGUUGCAGAUGGAAAGUGGCAUCGAAUUGCAAUCAGUGUUGAAAAGAAUACAGUCACAAUGAUUGUGGACUGCAAAAAAAAGAUCACUAAAGCCCUUCCGAGAAGCGACAGACCUGUCCUGGACACCACCGGCAUCGCUGUGUUUGGGACCCGCAUCCUGGACGAAGAGGUGUUUGAGGGCGAUAUCCAGCAGCUACUGAUAGUUGAUGACCCCAAAGCUGCGUAUGACUACUGUGAACAUUACAUGACGGACUGUGACUCCCCAGCACCCAAUAGGCCCCAAGCUCAGGACCCACAAGUGGAUGAGUAUGCACCUGAAGAACUAAUCGAAUAUGACUAUGAGUAUGGGGGAGCAGAUUACAAGGAGCCUGAUUAUGUUACAGAGACACCCACAGUUGCUGAAGAAUAUGUAGCUCAAACUGAGGCUAAUGUGGUCGAUUACCUGCCAGAACAAUAUGGAGAAGUAGACUAUGGUUACCAGACAGAUACUCCUGCACUUACAACUGGACCCAAUGAGAAAAUUCCUGAGGAGGAGACAUUGGUGGAGGAGCCAUUGGUGGAGGAUCCUUUUCUGGAAGAGUACAUAACUGGAUAUGAUUAUGACUCAGACAAAAAACUGGUAGAGGAAACAGAAUAUGGGGUGAAAGCUGUAGAGCCAACACAGUCUGAGCCGGUGGUGGGAGGAGAUUUAGGAAAAGAUGAUUUAUAUGAGUACACAGACUAUGAAGAGAAAGCAACAAACCCUACAACAGAUGAAUUUGGACCUGGGGUGCCAGCAGAGAAAGAUAUCACAGAGACCACCGUGAAUAAUUAUGGAGGAUAUGGAGAGAAGGGUCAGAAAGGAGAACCAGCUGUUAUUGAACCAGGAAUGUUGAUUGAAGGACCACCAGGACUGGAAGGACCAGCAGGUCUUACGGGGCCUCCUGGCUUGCAAGGUCCAUCUGGCCCACCUGGAGAUCCCGGCGAGAGAGGUCCAUCUGGACGUCCUGGACUUCCUGGUGCUGAUGGUUUACCUGGACCUCCUGGCACUAUGCUAAUGCUACCUUUCCGCUAUUCUUCAGAUGGCGAGAAAGGACCACCUAUCUCCGCUCAGGAAGCUCAAGCUCAGGCUAUUCUCCAACAGGCUCGUAUUGCCAUGAGAGGUCCUUCAGGUCCAAUGGGUCUUACAGGAAGAUCUGGCCCAGUGGGUUCACCCGGUGCUCCAGGAAUUAAAGGUGAAUCAGGAGACUCAGGCCCUCAGGGUCCUAGAGGAAUUCAAGGUGCACCUGGGCCAAUGGGUAAAGCUGGCAAACGCGGUCGCCCCGGAACUGACGGAGCCCGUGGAAUGCCCGGAGAAACUGGGUCCAAGGGUGACAGAGGGUUUGACGGCCUUCCAGGGCUUCCCGGUGAGAAGGGGCACAGGGGUGAUAAAGGUCCACAAGGCCCACCUGGAUCUCCUGGUGAAGAUGGAGACAGGGGAGAAGAUGGAGAGGUUGGACCCAGAGGGCUGCCCGGUGAACCUGGUGAACGAGGAUUGUUGGGACCAAGAGGUACUCCUGGUCCUCCAGGCCAACAUGGUGUUGCUGGUGUUGAUGGUCCUCCAGGACCUAAAGGAAACAUGGGACCACAAGGUGAACCUGGACCAGGAGGUCAACAAGGAAUUCCCGGAACACAGGGUCUCCCUGGUCCACAAGGCCCAAUUGGCCCCCCUGGUGAAAAGGGACCACAGGGAAAGCCUGGUUUGCCUGGACUGUCUGGAGCUGAUGGACCCCCAGGACAUCCCGGAAAAGAAGGACCAACUGGAGAAAAAGGCGCAGUGGGUCCAACUGGCCCCCAGGGUCCUAUUGGUUAUCCUGGACCUCGCGGUGUCAAGGGUGCUGAUGGUGUCAGAGGAUUGAAGGGAGGCAAAGGAGAAAAGGGAGAAGAUGGUUUUCCUGGAUUUAAGGGUGACAUGGGACUAAAAGGAGACAGGGGAGAAUUUGGUCCUCUUGGUCCAAGAGGAGAAGAUGGCCCUGAAGGUCCAAAAGGAAGAUCUGGUCCAAAUGGAGAUUCUGGGCCUGUAGGUCUAGCUGGUGAAAAGGGCAAACUCGGUGUACCAGGAUUGCCCGGUUACCCAGGCAGACAAGGUCCAAAGGGAUCUACAGGUUUCCCUGGAUUUGCUGGAGCCAAUGGCGAGAAAGGAGCUCGGGGUGUUGCUGGCAAGCCAGGUCCAAGGGGACAACGAGGUCCAACGGGUCCACGGGGCGCUCGGGGUCCUAGAGGUUCUACCGGAAAACCAGGUCCUAAGGGCACAGCAGGAAAUGAUGGUCCUUCUGGCCCACCUGGUGAACGGGGACCUCAAGGACCGCAGGGCCCAGUUGGAUUCCCAGGACCAAAGGGCCCCCCUGGGCCUCCUGGAAAGGAUGGGCUGCCUGGCCACCCUGGACAACGUGGUGAAACUGGUUUCCAAGGCAAAACUGGUCCCCCGGGUCCUGGUGGGGUUGUAGGUCCACAGGGUCCAACUGGAGAGACUGGCCCUAUUGGCGAGAGAGGUCAUCCUGGACCUCCUGGCCCACCUGGAGAGCAAGGCUUACCUGGAGCUGCUGGUAAAGAAGGUGCAAAGGGAGACCCAGGUCCUGCAGGAGUUUCUGGUAAAGAUGGUCCUCCAGGUUUACGUGGAUUCCCAGGAGAGAGAGGACUUUCUGGAGCUCCAGGUCCUGCUGGCUUGAAAGGUGGAGAAGGACCACAGGGCCCAUCUGGUCCACUUGGUUCAGCUGGAGAAAGAGGAGCAGCUGGAACUGCUGGACCUAUUGGUCUUCCCGGAAGACCUGGUCCUCAGGGCCCCCCUGGACCGGCAGGAGAAAAGGGAGCUCCCGGAGAGAAAGGACCUCAGGGACCUGCUGGCCGAGAUGGAGUACAAGGACCUGUAGGACUUCCAGGACCUGCUGGCCCACAAGGACCACCUGGUGAAGAUGGUGACAAGGGUGAAAUAGGAGAGCCUGGUCAAAAGGGUGGCAAGGGAGAUAAAGGCGAGCAUGGUCCUCCUGGACCAGCUGGUUUGCAAGGCCCAGUUGGAGCUCCAGGUCCAGCUGGAUCUGAUGGAGAACCUGGCCCAAGAGGUCAACAAGGAAUGUUUGGGCAAAAGGGUGACGAAGGAGCUCGUGGAUUCCCAGGUCCUCCUGGUCCAAUUGGUCUUCAAGGUCUUCCUGGACCUCCUGGUGAAAAGGGAGAAAAUGGUGAUGUUGGUCCAAUGGGUCCACCUGGUCCCCCUGGUCCUAGAGGUCCUCAAGGUCCUAAUGGUGCAGAUGGUCCACAAGGUCCAUCUGGUUCUAUUGGCUCUCCUGGCGGCCUUGGUGAUAAGGGUGAACCCGGUGAAGCUGGAAAUCCAGGUCCACCUGGAGAAGCUGGUGUCUCUGGCCCUAAAGGUGAAAGAGGAGAAAAGGGAGAAUCUGGACCUUCAGGGGCUGCAGGACCUGCUGGUCCCAAAGGUCCACCCGGUGACGAUGGUCCCAAAGGAAAUCCCGGUCCCGUUGGUUUCCCAGGAGAUCCUGGUCCUCCCGGAGAGCCUGGUCCAGGUGGUGUAGAUGGUGGACCUGGUGAUAAAGGUGAAGAUGGUGAAUCAGGCCAACCUGGUCCUCCUGGACCAUCUGGAGAAUCUGGACCACCAGGCCCUCCCGGCAAAAGGGGACCCCCUGGUGCUCAUGGUGCAGAAGGCAGACAAGGAGAGAAAGGUGCAAAGGGUGAAGCUGGUGCUGAGGGACCUCCAGGAAAGACAGGGCCAGUCGGAGCUCAGGGGCCAGCAGGAAAACCAGGUCCUGAAGGUCUGAGAGGAAUUCCAGGACCUGUGGGAGAACAAGGUCUUCCAGGUGCUCCAGGACAGGAUGGACCUCCAGGUCCAAUGGGUCCACCUGGACUUCCAGGUCUGAAAGGUGAUCCUGGUACAAAGGGUGAAAAGGGACAUCCUGGUUUGAUUGGUCUUAUUGGUCCACCUGGAGAGCAGGGUGAAAAGGGAGACAGAGGACUUCCAGGUCCACAGGGAACACCUGGAUCCAAGGGUGAUGGUGGCAUAUCAGGUUCUGGUGGCCCCAAUGGUCCUCCUGGUUCUCCUGGCUUGCCUGGCCCACAAGGUCCUAAGGGUUCGAAGGGAUCAUCUGGUCCUGCUGGUCAGAAGGGAGAUUCUGGUCUGCCUGGACUUCCUGGUCCUCCGGGUCCACCUGGAGAAGUCAUCCAACCAUUACCUAUCCAGUCACCAAAGAAGACUCGCAGAUCCCCAGAUGGCAUGAUGGCUGAUCUUGGAGACAACAUUUUGGAUUAUGAUGGAAUGGAGGAGGUCUUUAACUCCCUCAACUCACUGAAACAAGAUAUAGAACGUAUGAAGUAUCCAGAGGGAUCACAGAACAAUCCUUCUAGAACAUGCAAAGAUCUCCAGCUAUCUCAUCCUGAAUUCCCUGAUGGUGAAUAUUGGAUUGAUCCAAACCAGGGAUGCUCUGGAGACUCUUUCAAAGUCUAUUGUAACUUCACUGCUGGAGGAGAAACUUGUAUAUUUGCAGACAAGAAGUCAGAAGGAGUACGGAUUUCAUCAUGGCCGAAAGAAAACCCUGGAUCCUGGUUUAGUGAAUUUAAGAGAGGAAAGCUGCUCUCCUACGUUGAUGUUGAGGGGAACUCCAUUAAUCAAGUUCAAAUGACUUUCCUGAGACUGCUCAGUGCCUCUGCUCGACAGAACUUCACCUACAGCUGCCACCAGUCAGUAGCCUGGCAUGAUGCUGUAAACAAUAACUAUGACAAGGCCCUGAGGUUCUUGGGAUCAAAUGAUGAGGAAAUAUCUUACGACAACAGCCUCUUUAUUAAAGCCCUGCACGAUGGAUGUGCGCUGAGGAAAGGAUAUGCAAGAACAGUCCUUGAAAUCAAUACGCUGAAGAUAGAUCAGUUGCCUAUAGCAGAUGUUAUGAUAAGUGACUUUGGGGAUCAGAACCAGAAGUUUGGAUUUGAGGUCGGACCGGCCUGCUUCUUAGGUUGAGACUGGAAUUUCGGACGAUCAGCUUAAUAAAAAGUGUAAAAAAAAUCUUCUAAAAAAAAGCGUCAGGCUUUGGAUACCACCAGAGACAUGUUCGCCACAUGCAAGUUUUGAAUAUGGAUUGUGCAGAGGGGAAGAAAAACUAAAUACAUAGAAAAAGCUCGCUGCAUAAAGGUUACUUAGAAUUUGCCAGGCGCCCUCAUUUGGGGCAGAAUCACAUGACUUAAGCAGUUACAAAAAUAUGAAGGACUUAGAUGUGAUAUAAUAGAGACAGCUGUGUCAUCCUUUCAUAGGAAACGUUUGGUGCUGAAGAACAUCCAAAAACAGGCUUCGUCCAUCAUAGGUGCUAUUCUUGUACAUGGGUUUACCAGAUGCCGUAUACAUGUAGUUACUCUGCAUACUUAUUAUCAGGCUUGCAUGUCCUUUUCCAAAACUUGCAUGUGACUCUGGGUUGAGCCAUAAAACUAAGAAAAAAAUAAACAAAACCCAAAAAGGUUCCCCACUGUCUAGACCGGAUGCAGUGUCUGUACUGUGCAAAAUACCUUGUAAUUCCAGUGGACUCUAACCCUUCUGUCUGACUCCAAAUAAAAUCCCUUUGUAUAUAUUGAUGUGGACGACCUCUCUUAUUUGCUGUUGCUAAACAAAAUAAAUCUAUAUAUAUAUAUAUUUACAUUCUCUAUAUAUAAAGCCUCAGGUUGCCAAACUGGAAGACAGAAAUGAUAAUCUUAAAUUUCACUAUUUUUGUGUUGCAUUUUUCUUUUGCAAAAUGAAACCAUUUUGGUGCAAUAUUUGAUGGUGCUAAUACCUCAUUCCAGGAUGUUGUGACAUGCAUGUAUAUACCUAAAAUAACUUUUUUUAAUUAUUAUUUGUGGUCGGGGUAAAAUGUGUAUUAAGAGAACUAUUUCUGUAUAAGAUAUUUGUCAAUUUUGUGUGAAGGUCAAACGCACGUAUGUUUAAAUUUAUGUAUCAUCGAGGGUUAUGCAACUUCUAACGCGUAAUAACUGGACGCGAAACAGUCAUGUUAUGAAUUUGUUCAGUUUUUUUAUUUUAUUCUAGGCGUUUAAUACCAGAUGGACAGUAUAUAUGUUAAUAGUGCUGACUGCUAUUUAUAGCUAUUCGAAACAGACACAGCAAUAGGGUUGGUCAGCAAGUUACUACGCUGUUAAACCCAUGAAUAGCUUUCAGAUAUUUAUAUACACAAUUUUGUCAAGGUCAUGUGAUUCUACCUGGUUGCAUAGCAACAUAGGAGGCGCUGCUAGUAACGCCAGUUAAUUUGACAUCCAAAUUCUGAAUUAGUCUUCCAAACUUCUUGUGGUC